AUGAACACGUCGCAAGCCUCAGAGCACACCUCUCCCAGUGUUGCUAGUCCUGCAUCUCCACAGAUACAUGCGUCAGGUCAAGGCGGUCGUGCGACCUCCGGCGGCGGUGCCGCUCCUGUCAAACGUCGAGCCCCGAUAGCAUGUCGGAGUUCUUUUCCGUCUAGGGGUGAUCCCGACGAAGACCGGCAGUUUCGCCACCCCCGGCAAAGGUCGGACCGGCGACCUAGAAGCGAAGGCUCGAAGAUCAAGAGAGAAUCGAUUUCCUCGCCAGUUGUCCAAGAUGCGCUCACGAAUGUAGUGCCCCCGAAAUGGGGGAAUGAGUGGUCCUUGCUUCCCGACGUAGACGUUAUCAAGGAAGGUGUUGUCGCCUUCACCACUCACUACUUUCAGCUGGGCUUCAUACCCAAGGAGAGGUUUCCCCUACAGCUUGAACAUAAUCUAGGUUCAAUGAGCGUCUUUUUACUUCUAAGUCUCCUUAGCAUCUCAGCAAGGUUCAACAAGAAAAUUCAAGUGCACUAUGGCGAAAGCCAAAAGGCCGUUAACUGGUUCAUGAAGAACGCUGAAAGACUGGCACUUGGUGAACUAUACCAGCAACCGACGUUGGAAAGAUGUCAGGCAUUCUUGUUGUUGAGCAUCGCUCAACAGGGAUGUGGCAAAUCCAAUGAGAGCUAUAUCAACAUGGGAAUUGCGACCAGAAUGGCUGCGCUCAUGAGGCUUCACCGUGAGGAGACCUAUGAGCGGAUCACACCGAGUUCCUCUGCCGACGAAAUCAUCCGCGCUGAGUCCGCAAGACGAACCUUCUGGGUGUUACAUAGCCAGGACAAUCUACACAGCGGACCGUACAAACCAUUUUCACUUGCUCCCAGUGACAUCACUGCUCUCCUUCCCUGCGACGAGGAAGAAUUCAAGAAUGCUAUUGUGCCACCAAGUCGUGCUGCUCUUGAAGGAACGCCACCUGCUAUUCAGAACCCGCAGCUCACGACCCUUCGACCUAGAUCACUCUUUGCCACAUUGAUCCAAACACAUCACCUCUGGGGCAUCAUUGCUCGACGGGCCUUGGCCAAAGAGAAGAGCUCAAAGCCUGGAAGCAACAACAGCGAAUACUCGAGAAUGGCAACAAUAUUACGACGGUUUGAGGACAACCUGUUUGGAGAUCACAGGUUUGGCAUUAAAUCUCUCAAAGGGCAUAGACAAGACAACGAAGACUUGGCGUUUCUAGGUUGCACUACAGGUCUUCGGUUAUGCAACAUUGUUUUGAGAAAGGCGUACAUGGACGAAAUGAUCCAUGCAAUACGGGGCAAUCCUCGGGACCAAAAUGUUCACAUGUACCGAAAAAUGGGGGGGGAGCUUGUAGAGAACGUAAGAAUGCUUUACGAGCAAGUCGAUGCUCAAUACGCCAAUGACCGACCAUCAGAAGAGAAAGUCGGAUCUCAAAUGGCUACUUUCUGUGUUUAUAGUUGCGGUCUUCUUGCUGCUUAUAUGCACAAGUUCCCACAAUUGGAUCCCCGCAGACACCCAGAUGAGGUUCGAAUGGAAGGCAAGAGGAUGUACGAACGCACUACUAUGCUCCUGGAGGAGGCACAAACGAUUUGGUCACUUGCAUCCAGUUGGUUAGUAGGUCUGAGGAAGUGGUUCGAUGACCCCAACACAAACAGGAUCUCGUUCGAAAGUGGAACAAUGACCGACGGUCAAGAUCCUCAACCACAUGCACUCCUGCAUCCGCCUACUUCUACCUCGGCUUGGCAAAAUAAGAUGUCAACCCUCUAUCGAACCCACUCCACCCCACCCCAACCCACAGAUAGACGGCAUAAUGCUGCAGUCGAGCCUGAGCAGACGACCUUACCACCGCUGCAGCCACCAUCGAUGUCAUCGAAUCGUGCAGACUCGCUGUCUCUGCCUCCAAUAUCUCCGUACUCGCAUCCACAGCAACCUCCGCCGCCACCGUAUCAAGUCUCAGAACAAAUAUCCGGACCAAACAGCCAGCACCAAGGCUUCCAAGCCUUAUAUCAAGCUGCACACCACCAAGCACCACCCCAACAAACCUGGCCUGAUGCAUAUUCCAAUAGUUAUAUGGCAGAUUUCCAAGCCAUGCCAAUCCCCGACGAUGGCUUCGGGUUUAACCUACAGCAGAUGCUUGACCCUUCAUGGAGUGCUCCAGAUGCUCCGGCUGCUUUGUAUAAUUACCCUGCGCCGGAUGUUCAGCAAUACCCUCCGGCCACGAUGGAUCACUUCCGUGGGGCUGCAAAUAUGUAA